GGCGGAGCGGACGCGGCGCUGCCGCCGCGCACAGCAGCCGAGCCCGGAUCCCAGCGGCGGCGGCGGCGGCGGGAGGCGGCCCGGAAGGCGGCUGAGUCAGGUGUGCGCCGGGCGGCCCGGGCUCGGGGGGAGCUGCUCCCCGAGAUGUAACGGGGCGCGCAGAGCUGCCGUCCUCCACGACCAGCCGAGUCCCUUACCAGGGAGCUGUGGAAAACCUUCAUUAGGGCUGCUGACACUGAUGAGAGAUCUUUUAUGCCAAGGCCAUCGCUGCGUGGACAGACCACACCAUGCGUGAGUACAAGCUGGUGGUCCUUGGCUCAGGAGGUGUGGGGAAGUCUGCUUUGACUGUACAGUUUGUUCAGGGAAUUUUUGUUGAAAAAUAUGACCCCACAAUAGAAGAUUCUUACAGAAAGCAAGUGGAAGUAGACUGUCAACAGUGUAUGCUUGAAAUCCUCGACACAGCAGGGACAGAGCAAUUUACAGCAAUGAGGGAUCUCUACAUGAAGAAUGGCCAAGGGUUUGCACUAGUAUAUUCCAUAACAGCACAGUCCACGUUUAAUGACUUACAGGACCUGCGGGAGCAGAUCCUACGGGUUAAGGACACUGAAGAUGUUCCCAUGAUCCUGGUGGGCAAUAAGUGUGACCUGGAGGAGGAGCGCGUGGUCGGCAAAGAGCAGGGGCAGAACCUCGCCAGGCAGUGGUGCAACUGUGCCUUCCUAGAGUCCUCUGCAAAGUCUAAGAUCAACGUUAAUGAGAUCUUUUAUGACCUGGUCAGACAGAUAAAUAGGAAAACACCAGUGGAAAAGAAGAAGCCUAAAAAGAAAUCAUGUCUGCUGCUUUAGACUCCCACGGCGCAGCAGCUCUGAGCCAGAUCACAGGAAUGAAGAACUGUUGCCUCACUGGAAAGUGCCAGCAUCCCCCACUUCAAAACCUUAAGAGAAAUUAAGAACAUAUCUGAAGGAGCUUCUCCUGUUUCAAUAUCCCACGAGAAGAAUUUAGCUCUUAAAAUGGUUUGCAGACAGCCCCUGAGGAAACAAAAACCCAACAAAGAAAACGAUUCUGUGGCUCUCUCUUGAAAAACCUAAGCCCAUCAUACUCCUCCUUUGCAAUAGCAAUUAACAGGUGUGGAAAAUAAACCUGACUGACUCUAGUUUGUGAUCCUCCAGAGGAGCAUGGAUGCGUUGCAGAUGUUAGCUUCUGCUGCCAUCAUUCCAGUUCCAUACUGACCCUUUUUUAGCAUCCUUUCUCCCCAUCAAGCACUAAAACUCUUCCCACUGUUUGAUAUCUAUAACCAGAGAUAAUUAUCUGAAGAUCUCCUUUGAACUCACUGCAACAAAUAACUUUUUUUUUGGGGGGGGAGGGGGAGGGUUUUGAGAUUUGUUUUGGUUUUGAAGUCUUCAUUUUUGGGUUGGUUUUUUUUUUUUAGCUAUUUAAAAGUUACAGAAUCUCUUUCUUCAUUCUGCCUAAUGAAAAACGUUUGUGCUUUGGACAAAGAGAGAGAGGAAAGGUCUUUUAGAGGGACAAAAACCCCCCACAAACAAAAAAACCAAGCUGGGAUAACUGAUUUCUAUGGCUUUAAAAGCAUCUAUAUAUAUAUAUAUAUAUAUAUAUAAUAUACUAAACCAACUCUAAUAUUGCUUCUUGUGUUUUCCUGUCACAGAUUAAAUUACAGCUUUUAUGAAUGAUUAAAUUUUAGUACAUUUUCAGUUUGGGGUCUGUGGUUUUUGUUAUGGUUUUCCAGGUUUCUUUUUGAUCUUUCUCCUCAUGUUUUCCGAGUUCCUCUCCUCGUUUGGCUGGAUCCAGUUUUCUGCUCUAAGCAGUCCCAGCAGCCUGGUGGUGUUCCCCCAGUGCCAUCUUCUCACUCCCCUCCUCGCUGGAUGUGGCUAACCACAGCAGGCUCCUUCCAGUGUCCUUUUGGACCUCCUCCCUGACUGGUUGAAGAUUGGAUUCAGCUGCAAAAUAGUUCCUCUGCGCAGUGAUUUUUCUAUCUGCAAGUUUCCUUUCAUCCUGUAUCAAGGUUUGACUUCUCUGACCUCUGCUUUCACCCCACUGUGUACUUUGGGGUGGAAUCCCUGGUUUUUGGCAGUGCCACCCACUGGGCAGGAGCCCAAGACUAUCAUCUCUCCUGGUCAGCACCUGGACAUGAGGCUGUGGAGCUUGAAAGGUAGUUCUGUUUAAAUCCAGUUUCCACACAGCAGAUGUCAGCUGAAAGCUGACAAAGGUUCCCCCACCUGCAGUUCAGCUGAGGGAGCUUCUUCUUGGCGCAUUUUGGGUUGGUUUGGGUUGGUUUUAGAUCCCUGUUGGCUUUAGUUUUAAACACCUGUUGGCUCUGUCGAGUUGAAAAGGAGCAGGAUGCGAAGAGAGCCACAGGUGCUUGGCCUCCAUCCUGCUGUCUAUAUGCAAGUACAAGAACCACCUCUGGAACCUCAGGCUCCAAAUCCCAUCCUGGAAUCCCUGCAGUGCUGGAGGACUUGCUCCUGCUUCUGAAUAAGUGAGAAGAGAAAAAUGGAUCUUCACAGUGGAGAAAAAGUCAAACCAGACUUUGCCCUGCUCCUUGAAAGGGGAAGUGGAAAUGCCACAGCUGGAGACCAGUUUGUCCCUGCAGCCUUUGUGUGCUUCUAUCAGGAAGCAGGGGAAAGAAACUGCCCAGAAAGAGCUUUUCUAAACCUGUAUUGGAUGAUCCAAAGCUCUAAGUGCAGCCCAAACGAGACUGGAUGCAAGCAUUUGGAUGGUGACAACGUGAAAACAUCCAAACAUCUUAGAAGCUACAAGGACAGACUUAGCUCCCCAGCCUGGUUGUCUUCAACCUUCCUCUGUGCUUCCCUUUUCAGGAGGAGCAGAAGCAUGGGCUGGCAGGUUGGUUACCUUUGCUAAAUGUAAAGAUAUUUUAGUAAUAAAGGAAUUUUCAGCUA